GGGAUUUUGAACUUUUGGGCUUGGCACAUCCCACCACGGGCAGGCGCAACCCUCGACACAAAGCCCAAAUCACGUCCAGCGCUCGACGACCCCGCUCGCCCACUUCUCCAGGCACCUUCCUACACGUCAAACGCGAUGCCGGGCCCCAAGAACACGCUCCUCAUCGAGGGUUCCUUCGAGGAGCUUACCGACGAGUUCGCACAAUACAUCGACACGCUCAAAAAAUCCCAGGGCGACGAGAGCUCGAACGUCCAGCAGGAGAGCACAGACCUGCUGAAGGAGAACAAGAAGGAUGAGGUGCUCAAGAAGCUGGUCGUCGGUGCGCAAGCGCUGAACCAGGCGCCUGAGAAGGAGUUCAUUGCCGCAUACAACCUGCUGAUCCACCUGGUAAACCAGUCGCCGAAUGUGUCCAUGUUCUUGCCCAAGAUCUGCCAGAACCUGAGCAACCCCGUCACCUCGUCACCCGCCAACGGCAGCGGCCUCGCCCUUUCGAUUCUCAGCACAAUCUUCAACAUUCUCCCUGCCGACAGCGAAGUGCGCUUCCACGUUCUGCUCGCUGUUCUCCGCGUCAUUCGCGCCACAACGAACUUCGAGUACUUGCGCCCACAGUUGAAGCAGCUCGAUACCUGGUUACAGGCAUGGGAGGUCGAGGAGGAUGAGCAGCGCAAGCUGUACCUCGCAGUCAGCGACUCGGCCGCUGCUGCCGCUGAGGACGAGCAGGCAUACACAUACCUCCUUCGCGCCCUCCGAACAUUCCCUUCGGAGGAGGCGUCGUCGCCAGAGGCGCAAGAGCUGUCUCUUCGCGCGCUCAAGUCUGCGCUCACCCACCCCAGCCACUUUGACUUCCAGGACCUUAUCGAUCUAGACUCUGUCCAGGCCCUCCGCAACUCCGAACCCGUCUACUUCCAGCUCCUCGAGAUCUUCAACUCCGACGUGGUAGACGACUUCAACGACUUCAAGGACGAGCACGAUGGCUGGAUCGAGAACUCUGGCCUCGACAGCGAUGCUCUUAACCGCAAGAUCCGCCUCCUCACACUCGCAUCGAUCGCCGCAUCGUCAGGCCAGCAAAGGUCGCUUCCCUACGAGAAGAUUGCAAAGGCGCUGCAAGUGCCCAGCGAAGACGUCGAGAUGUGGGUCAUCGAUGUGAUCCGCGCCGGCCUUGUAGAGGGCAAGCUCAGCCAGCUCAACCAGACAUUCCUGAUCCACCGUUCCACAUACCGCGUCUUCGGCGAGAACCAGUGGAGAGAGGUCGCGAGCAGGCUCGACAUGUGGAGGAAUAGCUUGGUCGGUGUGCUUGAGAUUAUUCAGCAGGAGAAGCAGAAGUUCAUCCAGGAGAAGGAGGACGAGGCCAACAGGGCCGAUCAGAAGGCCGAGCAGGCGGCAAGGUUCAAGGGCCGAGGAGGCCAGCAGCAGCAGAAGCCCAGGGCUCCUAUUGACGAGGAUGCUGAUUAGAUGUAGAUGGCGACGAUGGAGAUGUACUGCUUUCGUUUGUUCCGACAUGUCACGACAAAAGGAGUAGGGAUUUGAGCGCCUGCAUCACGGCUCUCUUUCUGGGUAAUGAGUGAUUGGGCAGCCCUCGUGCUGCAAAUAGAAAAUGCGAUACAUACUUCAGACAUAUUAUCAGAGCAUAUGAACUUGCUAUGCCGUCG